AUGAGUGUCUUUGUCGGCCCGACCGUUCAACAAGCGCUGCUGCUGCACGCGCCUCGGCAGAGGUACCAGCUCUCGCAGAUUGAGGUGCCCACCUUCCAUGACGACGAGGUGUUAAUCCGCAUCGAAGCCAUCGGUCUCAACCCCAUCGAUCACAAAUCGGCUGACUACGGGUUUGCCCUUCCGGUAAGUACCUAACUUAUCCGGACACAUCCAAGCACUCUUCGCCUGGUACGCGCUCCUGAAGAUCCUUAACGAUGUUCUUUGAUCUCAGGUGCUUCCCGCCCUGAAUGGCCGCGAUUUGGCCGGCGUCGUGGUCGGGGUCGGAUCGAACGUUCAAAGGUGGAGAUUUAGUGACCUCGUUUUUGGACCCUCGACGGCCUAUCGCGAUUACAGGACAUCAGCUUUCCAGGAAUUUGCGGUCGCCUCGGAACAUUGCUUGGGCUCGGUCCCAGUCAAAUCGAGCGUUGAGCAAUGCGCUGCCCUUGGUAAGAGAUGCUCUCUGCUCCACACUAACCCUUCCAGCUCGGAACCUAACAUGCUGUAACAUGUUGUAAAUUCAUCUCUGGUAGGUGUUGGAGCAGUUGCUGCCGCACUCGCUAUUGGCUCGGCACUCGGGAUCGCGAUCCGCGGGUUCGCGCCUCGCUCCCUCGCCAUCGGGGCCGAAGGCGAGUCUCCUGAGUGGGUCAAGACGACCGGCUCGCCAACUCCAAUCCAAGAACCUUCGGCACAGUUUGGUGACUGGAUUCUGAUCUGGGGAGGUAAGAUCAUCGCGUAAAGGUGGGGACUCGGAACGGGGUGCAUGCGCUCACACCUCUUUGACUAAAUCUAUCAGGCUCUACGACAUCAGGCUACUUGGCGGCACAGUUAGCCCGGACAGCAGGAUUGAGAGUGAUAGCAGUAGCCAACAGAGAGCGGCAUGAGGAGCGACUUCGUGCGGUCGGCAUCGGUGAGUAUGGUCAGCGCCUUGCGACUUCGGUCUGGUUAGGAGGCUUGGCUGAUCGCCCGUCCCUCUCCUCUUCACAGAGCACGUCGUAGAUCGAGACGACCCUAUCGCUGCGGUUGCCAAGAUUCGAGAGAUCACAGGUGGUGCACUGCGGUACGCUAUCGAUUGCGUCGGCAAGACCAGUGCCUCGCACGCUCUGGAAGCUCUGUCCCUGUCAGCAGACACUUAUCUGGUCGGCCUCUCGGGUUUACCCAAGACCGCUCGCUCGGGAGUUAGACUUUGUGAAGUUGUCAGUCGGAUCAAGUAUCAGCUAUCUUCAAACAUGAACAUAUACUAAUGAUAAACCCGAUCUCGACCUAUACCAGCCAAUCAAAACGUUUCACACGAACGCCGCCGUCGGCUCGGGAUUGAUGCGCCUGCUGGAGGAGCUGAUCGACAACAAUGAGUUGGUUUUACCCGCGGUGGAAGUGAUUUAUGGAGGGCUCGAAGCAGUGAACGUAAGGAGAUUGCCAUAUACACGAGUGAAAAGGACCGAGCUCGAGUGCUGACAGGCUGCACAUACUUUUCACUGCACAGAACGGGCUCGAUCGAUUGAGAAGAGGCGAGUGUGGAUUUGGCCGGAUAGUAAUUCGCACUCCCCACGCAUGA